UUAAAUCGGGAUCGGAGUGCAAGUGCCCAAUAGUUGAGAACCUGGAAUAAACAAUGGCAUCAUACGUUUUGAAGAUAAUAUCGAUGACUCUUGGAAUCUUCUUCAUCUUUAUAGGCACAUUAAAGCUUACCCCCUCUGUCAACAAAGAAUUACACAAAGAAAUGAGGAAAAUGUACAUAAGAAAUUCCAAAGUUUUUCCUCUGGUAACAUGGACAAAGUGGAAGCCCAACUCACACAUGUACAGGAAAGUGAUUGGUGGAUCCGAGGUGGUGUGUGGUGCUAUUUUAGCUUUUAUACCAGGUCCCCUAAAAGAGGCGGCCAAUGUUCUGAUGAUUCUGAUAGCCAGCCUGGAUAUCUACUCCCACUAUGCCCUGGAUGAGGGUCUGGAUAAGAUGAGUUUAUCCGUCGUCUUCUUCCUCCUCCUCAUGUGUCGACUCAUCAUCCAUCUCCAGAUGAAGGCCCGAGAGGACGAAGAGGCCGCUCAACGUGCUCAAGCCUCUGAACGAGAACAAGCCCCGCCCACCUGUCAAGGACACACCCAUAUUGUUCACCCCAACGCAGGGGCUGGAUUUUCUGCUGCUGAGAAAAAGAAUCAGUAAUAGAAGCCAAGUAUAAAGAUGGUAACUGAUAGAGAGAAAGAGACAGAGUAGUGUGUCAAGGGAAAUAACUCAGUUAACAAUGAUGGAUAGUCUUUCAAGGGAAGUCACUCCUGUGAGGGAGCAAAAGAAUCUACGAGGGAGAAAGAAAAUAGCAUAAUAGAUUUUGAAUACCAGAUGUGAAGUAUUUGAGAAAAUGCAAGACAUUUGAAUUUUACGCAAGUGAUUCAGCCAUUUUGAAAUCCAUUUGACUGUUGUUGGGACUUUUUAAAUAUUUUUUGAUAUACACUGUACAUGUAUGUCCCAUCAUUUUUAUUUUUAUUUUAUGCUUUUGAGUAGUUUUACAAAAGACUUGUCAGGCAUUAAUGCAACAUUUAUCUGAUCUCUUUUUUUGUCUUUUUCAAGUACAAUGUAUAUUCGUAGUCAUUGAUUUUACAGUUUACAUAAAACUGUAUAUGAUUCUGAUGUAUGAAUGUGACGUUUAGUCACAACAAAAAAUUCAAAAAUACAUACAUGUCCUAUUUCAAACAAUUUUUUUGUGCUAUAUAUAAGUUAGUUUUAAAUUUUAGCUUAUUUCACAGACCCCCCCC